AUGACAUUAGAAAGAAUACUGAAGGACCUGGGAACUGGCUUCCUGAGUUUGGAGAGGGGAUUUGUCUUUGGCCCCCAGGGGCAACUACUUCGGAGGAACAUCGAGGAGCUUUGGUACAGGUACUGCGUCGUUCAACCAUCUUAUAAUGUCUUCCUGUCAGCUCCAGACAGGAUUUCCGAGACUUUGGAGACCUUGCAAAGAGUAGGGGCUCUGUACAAGCCGUUUGGAAUGGCUGUUCUGGAGGAGUCGAAGGUUGGUUGGAAUGGUAAUGUCAUCUCCGAGAACUGUAAGCUGCCCUCCCACAGGGUGGGGAAGGUGACGGUGGUGACGGAGGCCGCUGAAGGAAAGGACUUGUAUCACAGGAAACAGAGGGAGAGGAAGGUCUGGUGGAGGAAGUUUUCUAGAGAACCAAAGAGAUUUCAGUUAACAGAGGCCAAAAGGAUCAACAAGAAUAAGGAAGUCAUCGAGAUCGAGGCCCAGUUUUCAUUUGGAGGAGUUGUGGUGGAGACUAUCUGCCAUCAGCAGGAUGUUAAGAAGAUUUUUAAAGAGCAAAAUGAAAUUGAAAACUCACUGGGAGAUGUCCACAUAGUUGAACACAUGACAUCACUAGACUGGGCUUGUCUAACUUUUCUCUGCGACGCCUACACUCCCUCUGAUACCCACACUCCCUGCCAGUUGAAACUUCACCCUAAGUUCUCCCCCUACAAGGUGGGAUUUCAAAUUCUUCCCUCUGAUGAUCCAGACUCCAAAUCUCAGGAAAAGUCUCGCCUGCUUCUCUACCUGAACACUCUCCUGAAGGCAGAAGGAAUCGAGACAGUGGUGGCAACGAGUGAAAAAGGAAUGGAGACUCUCCAGGUUCCUCUGAUUGUCGUCGUAGACGACAUGACUCUUCAGAAUGGGCUCAUCAGGGUCUGGAGCCAGCUGACAACCCUCCACGAGACAAUCCAUAUGACAGACCUGAUAAAAUAUGUGUCAUCUCGAUGCAGAUAAUAAAAAACACAAUUACGUUGUAGUCAUUGUUUUAAUUACUUUCAAUAAAAAUAGAACAACUUAAA